AUGUAUCGCUCGCGUUCAACCACCCUCCAGGGCGAGGACUCAUACAGUGACACCGAUAGCAGCGUCACCAUACGGAACAGUCCCACGAACAGCCCCAGCCCAAUCCAACUCGAUCCGAAUGAAGACUAUUUCACCCGUACCUCCACCACAGACAUUCAGGAGGUCGUGGACCUUACCGGAGAUCCCCAGCAUCUAGAAGAAGGCGACUACCUUCCCGACGAGGAUUUGCAGAUUAAUAGUCAACCAGCGUCCCCUAAUAGCAAUGCUUCCGCCACCGAAAAACUCGACGUUGAAGAGAUUUACAUUGAGGGGAUUCUUUACCGAGUGGGCCAAUCCCUGGAGCUCCACGACAAGACAUAUCUUCGAGUGACGUCGAUUUCGACCGACGUAAAUGGGACAGUGGACUUCUUUGGCCGAAGAUUAGAGAGAGCCCAAACCCACAUCAGCACGUACAUCCCCAGGUGGGAAAAUGAGUUGGUUUGGAUUGUUAAUGAGACUGAAACCGUUCCUCUCACAGCAGUCAAGCGAUUCGUCAAGAUUAACUUUACAAACUUCUGCCAUAUUGAAAAAGACCAAUUGAAGUCUGCAAACCCGACGGAGCUCUUCUGCCGCUUGAAGGAAGUCAUUAUCGGUGCUGAAGACGCGAAAUAUGAUCUCUUUGCUAAGAAAGAGAUCUCGGUGGAGUAUCUGGCGUUCGAAGAAGCCGACAUGGGGUUCAAAUUUAAACCGUCCGUUCUUCGACAUGCGUGGCGGGGACAGACGCAUUUGUUCGGCGACAGAGCCAGAACACAAGCUCCGGUGGUUGUGCUUGACAAUUUAGCUCCGGUAAUAGACCUCACCGAGGAGGCUAAUACACUGCAGCAUUCCCGUCAGUAUACCUUGGGGGAUGCCUUCUGUGGCGCCGGCGGUGUAUCUUGUGGUGCAAGAAAAGCCGGCCUUCAUAACGAAUGGGCUGUUGAUGUAUCUCAACAUGCUCUUGAGACCUAUGGUCUCAAUUUCCCCACCACGGACUGUUGGCAGGCUGAUGUCAACAGCUUCCUGAGUCUUAAUCAUGAUUACCUCAAGGUUGACGUCCUUCAUGGGUCGCCUCCCUGUCAGCCGUUCUCCCCGGCCCAUACGAGAGCGGGUAGAGAUGAUGACGCCAACUCGGCGUGCAUUUUUGUGAGCUUAAAUCUGGUGAAGAAAUUGAAGCCUCGGAUCUACACGAUGGAAGAGACCAGUGGGCUCGCAGCACAACAGCAACAUAGCGAUACCUUGUGUCGGGUAAUCCUGGACUUCUUAGAAGUCGGGUACUCUGUCCGCUGGUCAAUUCUCAACUGUAUUGACUAUGGAGUUCCCCAGUCUCGGAAAAGACUAGUUGUUAUCGCCUCCGGACCCGGAGAAAGGCUUCCGCCUUUGCCUAGACCGACCCAUGGGCCCAGGCGAGGCCUCCAACCCUUUACCACUAUCGGCCAGGUGAUUUCGAGAAUUCCGCCCGGGGCACCGGAUCAUGACGUCCAGGGGGCUGAAAGCCGUGGUAUACAACGCGCACCGUAUGAUCCGAACCGACAAGCGCGGUGCAUCACGACUGGAGGCGGCGACGGCAACUAUCACCCAUCUGGCCUGCGAGGGUAUACCAACCGUGAACUGGCAUGUUUGCAGACGUUUCCGCUGGAUUAUCAGUUUGGAGCGCGAGAAGUCCGGAAGCAGAUUGGCAACGCCGUGCCUCCCGCCCUGGCCGAGGCAUUGUAUCGCGAAAUCAUUCACAGCCUGUGGGAGACCGAUAGAGAGGCAGUGAGAGAGACUGGAUCUUGA